CCCGAGCUAGUCCAGUCCGGGACAGCACGCCUCCUGCUGCACGCUCCACGAGGUACACGCACCCUAGAUCCUUGUUUCGAGCUCUAUUCCGGACUUGAGCUCGUUUCAUUCCAAGUUUCAACCUCACCUAUCUACCCACUAUUCCCUAAAAAUUUCAAGUUUUCGUUAACUGAUUUCUGUUUUCGUUUUAUCAACUGACAGCUGUCAUUUGGUCCCCGGAGAGAGCUUAUUUUUCGGCAUUUUCGCGUGAAAAUUUUGCCAACUGUGUGAUGAUUGUUGCAUGAAUUGUCUUAGUCACCCAAGAGCUUGUGCUAUCACGCUUCGUCAACUGUGACUGAGAUUGACCGUGUGCGGUGCAUCAACUGAAUCAGCUGGCGCUCAUCCGAGGGUACAAUACAUCACAACACGUCCGACGGAGCGCGAAAAACGUCCACUUCACGCCCACGCGAGUGCAAACUUUAUCAUUUCAUGUGUUUUAAUUCAUCGAGUUAUUGGUUAUUUAUUUAUUACUUUACGAACAUGAAGUGAUGUGCAACAAUAAUGGGAUCGAUGAUCAGUGAUUGACAUUUUUAUUCAAACUCGGGCGAAUAAUUGAAGUACAUAUUAGCUGGAUCGUAUGUGAUAUGAUAUUGAGUGGUUAAAAGUGAUGAACCUCGGUUCUGUCGUACGGGGUGUUUGUAGUGCAGAAACAUCAGAGACUUCAACGCGUGAUACAGAACUGCCUUCUUGGGAAUACAGCGUUAUCGUGCUUCUAUUUUUUUGCUGGCCGCAGAGCAGAAUUUCCAAUAGUAAUCGAGUUGAUCCAGAGCAGUGGAUCAACUCAGAGGAGAACAAGGUGGUAAAUUGCACAGCACCUGGUGGAAAUUGUUUUGAUUCGUGCUAUGAUCAGCAUGGAGUUAUCAGCCCACGCGACCCAGCACGGCGCACUUCAUCUAGGCGUCGGUGUCAACCCAGGAGAUCCUGCAGGUAGCGCGUUGGCAGCUAUUCAUUCACACCAUCAAGACACAUUGGGAAUGCAACAUCACAGUCACACCGGAAUCGGCAAUGGAGGUAUGCAUGAGGAGUCCAAGAAAAAACAUGAUGGCAGUCACGGCGGCAAUGGCCAGGAUGGUCAUGGUGGAGUGAAUCAACUCGGUGGUGUCUUUGUGAACGGAAGACCGCUACCGGAUGUAGUGAGGCAGAGGAUUGUCGAGUUGGCGCACAGUGGCGUCCGACCGUGUGACAUUUCCAGGCAGCUCAGGGUAUCUCACGGCUGUGUAUCCAAGAUCCUGUCGAGGUAUUACGAAACGGGGAGUUUCAAAGCCGGAGUUAUAGGUGGAUCAAAGCCAAAAGUGGCCACACCACCCGUAGUAGAUGCAAUAGCUAAUUACAAAAGAGACAAUCCCACGAUGUUUGCAUGGGAGAUAAGAGAUAGAUUGUUGGCAGAAAACAUAUGUUCUCAGGACAACGUGCCAUCAGUCUCCUCAAUAAAUCGGAUUGUAAGAAAUAAGGCAGCGGAAAAAGCGAAACACGCCCAUCAACAGCAACAGGCACAACAGCAGGGUCAACAACAGGGUCAACCAGGUUCAGGGGGUUCGGUAUCAGUGAUAGCGCAUGCACCACCUACAGCAACUGGAAUUCCAAAUGCCACUGCACCAAAUGCAUACAGUAUUAGUGGGAUUCUUGGUAUUCCCCCACAUCAUCAAGAUCCUAAUGGCAAUAGUAUCAAACGAAAACGCACUGAUGAUGAUGAUAAUAGAGAUCUGAGCGACCACGCCGAGGAUGACCUCAAAAGACAACGGAAUAACUACAAUGGAGAUCAACUUUAUUCCAACUUAUGGUCAAGUAAAGGGUGGAGUAUCAAGGAUGAGCAUAGUAAGCUGAUGAAUGAGCUUGGUGGAGGCGGUGGUGGUGGUGGCGGCGGUGGAGCUGGAAAUAACAAUACACAAGGUACCAAUGGUGCCAGUGGAAAUACCGGAGGUUACUACGAACACGGUGGAUUUCCCGGGAAUGCCAUUGCUACUUCGGCUGAGCUGUAUGACUCCCUGGGCACCAUCAGUACUAUGACGCAAGCGCCGACAUCCCAUCUGUACUCCCCGCCCAUAGGGGGCACCAUAGGUGGAACAUUGACCCCACUUGCACCACUUUCGAUGCAAGAACUGAAACUAAGCCAAACACUGGAUGGAGCUAACAUGUCCCCUUACCACACAAGCGAGGCCAGUACCGUCGCAGUUUCAUAUGUCGGUGUGGGAGGGGGUGGGGGUGAACAGAGUCCUCCCGUAUCGCUUCACAAUGAGGGUAAUGCCACCCCCGCGGCCACCAAUACACCAGGAGGUGAUCAGGGUUUAACGGUUCUUCAAUCACCAGUGUCGCAGUCACAGGUUGCUUCAACAAUACCACCGUAUUCAACCAUGUUGCCGAGCUUUGGACACUAUUCGACAGGUAGUGGAGAUUAUGCCUACAGUGCAGCGUAUUCACAAUACUCGAGUGCACCAUACAGUGGAUACGGUUAUGGGACAGCGACAAGCGGGUUGCUCAACUCAACGUAUUACUAUUGCAACGGGGAUACGCUGGCGUCUUCCCAUAAUAAUUCACAGCAGGGUGGAUGUAACAACGGUGGACCGGAGAGUAGUGCGGACGUGGCGAGUCGUUCACCAUUGGCUGCAACGAGAGCAAGUAGUGGUGCUAGUGCAGCAUCACCAACCGGAAGUGCCUGCACAAAACCGGAUCACACCAACACCCCCACAGACCUGUACCUGGCUUAAUUCGCGUGGCGAUGCGAAUGGUUCGUUCAAUUGACGAUGAAAUACCAGCAAAUGUGUCAUGAGAAAGAGCGAACGCCAUAUCACAAGAUUUUAAAAAAAUGAAAUAAAAAACAAAAAAAAAACCAAUUGAAAUUAAGUACUGAUCUCUAGGAAGGACACGAGGUGAUCGAACAACUUCUGUCAAAUGUUUUUCAAUGUCCUCGAUGUCCUAUCGAAAUGAAUACUAUCAUUAUGAUUAUUAGUACUAUUAUUAUAAUUAAUGCAAUUCUUUUUUUUUCUUUCAAUAUUACUUUUCGUUACGACAAAUUCACGUCGUUAUGCGCAAUCACAAAGUUUUAGCACCCAACCUGUUGGUAGUUUAAUUUAUAAUUCUCAAUUAGCAUAAUUUUCUACGCAACUAUAUCGCAAUCAAACACUCGAUUAUCAACGCUAGGUGUGUGCUGCAUUAGCCACAAUAUUCACGCAAUACAUGUUCAUGUGAAACAGCAACGAGGACUCUUAUUCUCAAGGAGCCACUGUAAACACAAUGGAGUUACAUAUCUUUUUUUUUCAACCUUGUCUUUUGAAUAACUAAUGCAAGGAAUCAUCUAGAAGUCUGACGAUAAUUCUAUUACCAAAUAAUCCUCGUUGCUGAGUAUUUGUGUGACUGGAACAGUUGCAUUAUCAUAUUUUGGGCUUAUGUAGCACAGCUUCACGAUGCGAUCAGACUCCCCUGGCACGUAGCCUUCGGGUCUUCAUGUUAUAAUCGUACGCGCAUAGUAGGUGUGUGGACACGCCUAUUAUUUUCUAGGAGAACGUCAAACACACGUGAAUACAUUUGCACCGAUGUUUCAUUAAUUUUUUUUUUUUCAUUGCGUAGGUGUAAAAAUGUGUGUACGAAGCCAGGCGCGUAAGUACCCUCUAUAUUUUUCUCGGUUUCAUACCUCAGUCUCAUUUCGAACGAUAGGCAAAAUUGUGAGUUUUUUUGACUUUCUGAAGGGCAAAGUUGAGAAAGGGGAACUGAAAAAUCAAUACUGAAAAAAAAACGAUUAACGAUUAUUACCAUUUAAGAAUAUUAUAUAUUUUUUGUAGAAAAACCAAAGACCAUACAGGAGUAUGAUGUAAUUUCAUGUCACAUUCGGCAUGAGACAGAGUUAAAUGAUGAUCAUUACUAUAUAAUGGAUAAUAGAGCUAAAAUAAUUAUAAUAAAUGUGAUUGUAAAUAAACAUACAUAACCGAGAGAUAUAUAAGUAUGACCGAUGCAAAAAAAAAGAAGGAAAAGAUGGAUUUAUCUCAGAUGAAAAUCUCAUUUGCAAUUUAUAAACCAAAGCGACAAACUUGGGGGAUUAAUUAAGUUAUUCCAGCAACCGCCAAUCUACGGAGCCUUGAUUUCAUCGCGGAAUAUUCGUUCGAUAAAUUUCAGUCCAUCGAAUACGCGAUAAAAUCGAUGCAAAUAUUUUGAGUUAACAUUCCAACUCGAAGUCUCCAACAGUUUGCUCUUGCUUGUUCAAUCGCAUCACUACAAUUAUAUCGAGAAUUACCUAAAUCCAGAAAAAUCUGACAAAUAAACAUUUGCACCUUCCACAAUUCGAUACGAAGUACUAAUUUAUCCAUCGAUUUGGAGUCAAAAUCCGAAAAAUCCCCCACAAUUGACCAUCUUUUCUUUCAGUGUUUCAGCGCACGUCAACUGAUACAGAUUAAUUUUAUUCCGUAUUCACAUAAGAUUAAACCAAGAAAUUUGUAGACUAAUUAAUGAUAAAUGAUAUUUAAAAUUUAAUAUAUUAGUAAUGUCCCGGUUGAAUGGAGCUGAGGGUUCAUAGAUGUUGAUAAGAAUGAACGAAUAAAACAUGAGUGCAAGCUUGAGCGUUUUUUUUUAAUACAAAAAAUUAUUCUCGGGACUACGACUUUUAUAAUAGUAGAUAUUUUAUUAGAUGAUAAUCAGAAGUAUUUUUUUUUCUCUUGUUUUUGUAAGGGACUGCUGUUUGAGAUAUGUCUGUCUCACAUGUUGUAGGUGAACGUAACGUGUAUUUCCUUUUUUUUACAUAUGAAUAUUUUUAAUUAUUUCUCUCAGUACUGGCUGAAGAAUUAUGUCCAAAGUUCACUACGAAUAUCCACAGAAUUUCAAAACAUAUAAUUCGCAUUUUUACAUUGUUACUUAGUAAAUAAUUAUCACGACGAUUUAGAUUAGACACCGGUAAUCAUAAUGACGAUGAUAGUUGUUAUUUUCAUUAACUUUUAAGUUAUUUAGAUGAUUCAUUAUUAUUAUUAUUGAUUAUUAUUAUUAUCAUUAUUAUUAUUAUUAUUACUAUUACUCAUUACAAUUAUUUAAUUUCUUUAUUAUUUAUUAAUUUGUAAUAAUAACGUAUGUGUAAUAAGUUUUGCCAAAGAACUUUGAAAAAAAAAGCAAACAAAAAAUAGCGCAAUAAUAUCCUAGCCUUUGUUCUUUCCAAUCGAAAACUUCAACUACAAAAUCCGAAUAAAUACAAAAAAAUAAAUCAAUGAUAUUUAACAGAAGUAGAAUGACAACAAAGUAAACUCAGUUAUUUCUGUCUGUUUUUGGUUGCACUCAAAGGGCCCUGCACAACUUUCCAAUUUAAACAAAUGGUCUCUUAAUAAUUUAAAUUUUAUCAUUGGUCCUUGUGAUAUUCUUGUUCCAUGCGCCACUCUUAUCGAGUUUCGCUGUUAAUACUUGCAAACUGAAAUCUGUAAAUUCUUUUUAAAUAAAUAUGAGGUUUAUAUGAC